GACCUCGUUGUGGUAGACGACAUAGAGAAGCUCUGGCAUGUGGAGAUGGAAGGUAAAGUCGUGGCAGCUCCCGAGUACUGCCACGCAAACUUCACCUACUAUUUCACAAAAGCAUUCUGGUCAGACCCGGUGCUUGUGAAAGUACUCGAAGGGAAACGCCCGUGUUACUUCAACACAGGGGUGAUGGUAGUUGACGUAAACAAAUGGAGGAAAGGAUCAUACACACAGAAGGUGGAAGAGUGGAUGACGAUUCAGAAGCAAAAGAGAAUAUACCAUUUGGGAUCACUGCCUCCGUUUCUGCUCAUUUUCGCGGGUGAUAUAAAAGCGGUUAACCAUAGGUGGAACCAGCACGGUCUCGGAGGGGAUAAUUUCGAAGGAAGAUGUAGAACGUUGCAUCCUGGUCCGAUAAGUCUUCUUCAUUGGAGCGGGAAAGGAAAGCCAUGGCUGAGACUAGAUUCAAGAAAGCCUUGCAUCGUUGAUCAUCUAUGGGCUCCAUAUGAUCUAUACCGUUCAUCAAGACAUUCGUUAGAAGAGUAGAGGGCAAAAAGACAAAAACAUUUUAAACCAUGGCACAUAAAUAGGAGAGGAGAAGAUAUACAACAAGAAAGCAGGGUUUUUUUUUAGCGACGAGAUCAAAUAGAGGCAAAAAAAUGUUCAUUACGAGUGAAAGAAAGUGUAAUGUUAACACAAUACAUUGUGCAUUUGAGAGCUCAGUGUGUGUUUCAGCACAAAAGAUGGUAUUAUCAUCAUCAUCAUCAUUUUUUUUUGUCACUCUCUUUGAUUCAACCUUUAGAAUAUUCCGCGUGUAAUGUACAUAGGUACAAACAAAAAUUGGAGGAUUCAAUUCAUUCCUUUUUUUUUUUUGUUUUAAAUUCAAAAUCUCUCUAGUAGUAACUGAUACUAGUAAAAAAACAGAGCAAAGAUUCAUCUAGAUUCUUUAGAAAUCAUCGAAAUUUCGAAACUUUAUCACAAAAACAAAACGAUCAAACACAGAAACAAGCUCCACCGUUUCGAAG